UCCUGGUCGGGUGUGCAAUGGAUAGAAUCGGCCUUUGCUAGGUUGGUGGGGUGGGUGAUGGGUGGCAGUGGAGCUCUCUUCCCUGUCCUUUCGAUUGGUCCUGACGUAACCCAUGAAGGGGAUUGAGUCCUCUUACAAACUUGGUGGGGUGAGCAUCAAGAGCUUGCCAUUUUAUUCUACACAAACCCCUGAAAGGACAGAAAUCUGACUGUAACUCAAGGUGAUUUCUUGAUGGACCAGCUCACUGAGGGGAUGUCCCCGAACUAGAACGAUCACAGGCAGAAGAGCACUCACUCACUCACUCACUCAGUAAGGGAGCCAUGCCUGCCAUCCCAGAUUUUGAUCUACCCUUCAUGGGCAUGAGGCUCUCGGAGGCUCGACAAAGAUGUUGGGAUCACUUGCAGCAGCCCAAAGCCCAAAGGAAACUGGUCCUGGUGACCGUCUCCAUCGCCUUGCUCCUGGACAACAUGCUCUACAUGGUCAUCGUGCCCAUCAUUCCGGACUACUUGCGGAAAUUGGGUGUGUGGGAGAAGCACGAGAUCGAUCCCAGCCAAGCCCACACUAGCACCGUCACGCAGUACUUCAUCAAUGAAACGGGGAACUUUACGUUCACCUCCACGAACAUCACGAAGAAGAUCAACGUGGGUGGCAUCAUGAUCGAGUACGACGGCGAGGACAUGGGGAUCGGCGUGCUCUUUGCCUCCAAGGCAGCCGUUCAAAUCUUCAUCAACCCUCUCUCCGGAAUGGUCAUCGAUCGCAUCGGCUACGAUCUGCCCAUGAUGUUUGGUCUCAUAAUCAUGUUCUUCUCCACCUUACUCUUUGCUUGCGGAUCCAGCUAUGGCGUGCUCUUCUUCGCCAGAAGCCUCCAAGGCGUGGGCUCAGCCUUUGCAGACACAGGUGGCAUGUCUAUGAUUGCCGACAGGUACACAGAAGAAGCGGAGCGUUCUAAGGCCAUGGGCAUAGCUCUGGCUUUCAUAUCAUUUGGUUGUUUGGUGGCACCGCCGUUUGGCGGGAUCCUGUACAAUUGGGCGGGGAAAGCCCUUCCCUUUGUCAUCUUGGCCUUUGUGUGCCUCAUUGACGGAGUCUUACUACUCCUGAUCAUGAGACCACUGAAGGCCAAGCAGGUGGAAGAGGGUCACGUUCAUCCUAACGCCACCCCAUUAUGGCGUUUGAUGAUUGACUCGCAUAUCGCUUGUUGCAGUGGUGCCCUAAUAGUAGCCAACGUCUCACUGGCCUUCUUGGAACCGACCAUCUCCAAGUGGAUGAACGACACUAUGGACGCCGAGGAAUGGCAGCAAGGUCUCAUUUGGCUUCCUGCCUUCAUCCCGCAUGUCAUGGGUGUGAUCCUCACUGUCAAAAUGGCCAAAAAGUACCCCGAGUGGGUGUAUGCCUUGGCUGGUAUAGGACUGGCCAUGGAGGGCCUGUCCUGCUUCGUGAUCCCAUUCUGUACUAACUACUUCAUUCUCAUGAUUCCUAUUUGUUUCAUCUGUUUUGGCAUCGCCCUCAUUGACACGGCUCUGCUGCCCAUGCUGGGGUAUAUCGUGGACAAGAAGUACGUCUCAGUUUACGGCUCUGUUUAUGCCAUCGCUGAUAUCUCUUAUUCCGCUGCCUAUGCAGUGGGGCCGGUCGUCGCCGGUAACAUUGUGGGCACCCUGGGCUUCACGGCCUUGAAUUUCUUCGUCGCCUUCCUCAGUCUCCUGUACUCCCCUGCCCUGUAUUAUCUCCGAGACAUGCAUGACUACAACCCCUUUGAAGAGGGAGCUGAUGUGGGUGGAGGUGGGGUGGCCAUUGGAGACCCACCCACCAAAGAGUAUCAGACCAUUGCUCUCCAGGAGUCGAAACCCGUAGCAAAUGGGUACGAAUCCAAGCCCUACGACACCACUGAUUUGGACGAGGAGAUGAACUACACGGAGACCACCAACCCUUUCAAGGCCCAGCAAUUGAACAAUCCGUUCAGGAAAUAAGCGCCACAUUCUCGAGCUGUCUCCCUCAAAGGCUUCCAGACGUCCAAAGAAGGUCAACUUCAUCUUCCCCAUCAUCAUCAUCAUCAACUUAAUCAUAAGUCACCACUAUCACAAUUAGUAUUGUAUCGUUCGAUUUUGGGCCAAUCGGCACUCUAGGGCAGCUGCAGCUGUUGCCAUGGAGAUGGCCAUUUUCACUAUCAGUGUUGCCACUUGUAUGGUUGUCUCAUUUUCAUGUACAUAACCCCAUAGUCCCACCCCUAUCCCUUUAACUAGUCGUCGAGGUGUGUUGGUUGACCUCGCUUUUUGCCCUUCAAUUACUUUAAACUUGUUAGUUGUUGACAAACGUAUCACACCUAGUGACCGAGGGCUUAGGAUGGCCUUGGAAAGGCCGGCAUACACGCGAAGAGAAUGAAGACACCCGAACAACAAGAACAGUCUUAGGGAUAUUUGGUUCUUUCCUCGUGCCUUCUUCAAAGUUUAGAUCUGAUGAAAGCCAGGAAAGGACAAAACUAUUCCUAGAGCAACUUCCACAUACAACUCACCUCUGUCUAAAUUUGUUAGCCAUAUUUCAACUGUUGUUAAUCCAUACAUUGAUACAAUUAUGACCAUAUUGUAUGAACUGCCUUCGAGCUCCGAGCUCAACGGCCACUGAGUGAGACGAAAAAAUCCGAUUAGGGACAACAUUGUUAGUAAGGCGUGUUCCCUAAAGCGUUGUAGAGUAUACAUGUGUCUACGAGUGUAUUAUGUCAGUGUGCUUGAGCGUUCUUAACUAAAAGAUCCAAAAGUUCAUGGUGACUACAAACAUAUGUAAAAUGAAUAAUAUCAAAUUUUUAUGAUACACUGACGCUCUAAUGAGGGACACGGAUGUGAAGGAAGAAGGACACGUCCUGGAUAAUUUGUGAUAUAGAAAUAUUUCUACAUUUUAACUAUAUCUUUGAUCCGAUUGGUGUGAUUAUUUUGUCUGGGUAAUCACGCUUUUAGUGUGCAGCCAUACGCGCCAUGCCAUAACUAUCGACUAACAUAUCUAUUCAAAUGUAUAUCUGUUGUUGAGCACACCAUGAAAUAUACUACAAAUCUCACAUUUAAA